AAUUGUGCGCCGUUUCGACGUUUGAACCCCCACUGUUUUUGGAUAAUCAGUAACAAGUGGCUUGUCGUUUAAAAGAUGAAUGGUUAUACUUGAGACUAAACUGAACAAAAUUUCAGUGAGAGGAUUAGUUAGUACUAGCAAUAUGUGGGUAAGAUAACUUGGUUGCGUGUUAGUACAUCAAAAACGAGUUGUAUUGUCUCUGAAAUUUCUCAUUUGAAUUAGCCUUAACAAUGUUUUUUUGUGCACAACCACGGCCAUCACAUCUUGACUCACUGAGUCAUGAAAUUUCAGAAAAUCUUGAAAAAUUAACAUUCCAUUGAGACGUUAGAAGUGCAUUAUUUCUAAUAACAAGAAUAGCAUUUGUUGGUACAACACUUCGUCUUUCAAACAGUUUAAUUUUUAUGUUAACUACGACCGCUCAAAACCCAUAAAAUGAUCCGUUCUGACUGUCAUCAAUGCCAACAAUUUAUUUUAUUUCGUAUCUCCUAGUUCUAAAUUCAUGAAAUUCGAGAACCAGACCAAACGUUUCUCUCAUCACGUCAAAGUGGGUCCAUGUUUCACUCGCCCUGCUUAUCGAGACGGUAGGCGUAAAACAGCCGUAAAGGUAACUCGUAGCUUUUUUAUUUCCCAGGUCUUCACCGUAGCUGAUGAGUCAUGUUGUCUCCUGAUAUUUGGAGUCCCAUCUCUGGACCUGGAGCACCCUUUAAAGGAGAAGUGUAAACAGUAUGGGAAUGUCCAAAGUGUGGUGAAAAUUAUUGAUUAUCCAGAUAAAGAGACAUUUACUGAUGUUUUUGUCGUAAAAUAUGAUAAUCUCAAAGCCGCAAGGUGUGAACGUAUUCCUUUUACAUAUUUGUGAGAAUUAAACUUGAUAACUCACUUCUUUUUCGUAGAGAAAAUUUAUGAGAUUUUUCCUUAAAUGUUAUCUAGAUAUGCCAAGCGUCUAUUAGAUGAUUCUUCUUUCUACGGAGGUUCUUUACACGUCUGUUAUGCACCUGAAUAUGAAACUGUGGCUGAAUGUCGUUUGAAGCUGUACGAAUGCAGGCAUUUAAAUGCAAGAAUUUCCAGGAAAGUGGAACAUGAUUAUCUUCAGAAAUUCUCUACUAAAUGUCAAACAUCAGAUCCGGAUUCUUCAGUUCUUCCAUCACCAUCUGUAUCAUCAUCAGUAAAAUCUGAUUUGUCAGAAUCUAUAAAAUUAGAAAUACCAACUAAUCGGGAUAUAACUGUUUUACCGGUUUUACAAGAAAACACAGUUCAUUCCAAUGAGUCCGCCACCUACCAAUCAUAUGACGCUUUAGAUGACUCUCGGCUUUAUUGGAGGAAACUUGGAAUUACAUUAUUUGACAAAUAUCAAACAGCCUGUAAUCUCGGUGCUUCUUGUCCUACUACUGCUGCUACUACUACUACCACCAAUUAUCCAUCUAUUUCUACACCUUGUGAUUUGUCAGUUGCCCCAAAACGUUCAAUACCCCUUUCUGUCCAACAGGCUUUAAGUUGUCGACCAUACUUGGAGAAUAUUUCGAAACCUAAUACAUCGUUGUCAGUCAGCAAGGUAUCCUCUGACACUAACAAAACAGUGAAGCACUACCCAUCUAACUCCUUAAUCCCACGCGUUAUAAUUAGUAAAGAAUAUAGAAGAAAACACUCAACAAACUCAGAAGCUCUUCCACAAGUAUCAAAGUCAACAGCCCCUAUUUCUGUAGGUGAAUUAAAACGAUUAGCCUAUUCAUUAGGUCCCAAACAAGGACCAAGUUUACCGCCAACACAAGAUCAAGGGGAAAAUAAUAUUGAUCGAACAAGGAUUGUAUUUCAUCGUUCAAAUUCCAAACGACAUUGUACACAUCCUUCAGAAUCUACAGACAAUUGAAUAUGUGAUACUCAUUUUGUCGUUCAUAAUCUUCAGGUAUAAUUAGUGAAUAUGCUGCGAAUAAUUAAUUGGACCAUCACUUUACACUAUGUCUUCAAUGCAAGUACUGAAGAUUUAAAGAAUUGAAUGGGAUUUAUCUAGUGGUUCUGUGAAUAUUUGUUUCUGUUUUCUUUGAACUUACUUAGCACAUAUUUUGUUUUUCCUGAUAAAAUGAUCAAAUAUAAGAGCAUUAAAAUGUUG